AUGCCCACAAUUUCACUCUUUUUCCUUCUCUCUUUUAUUCACGUCCUAAUCGUUUUAUUCCUAUCCUUUUUUUUUUUUUGUUCGUCUUCCUCAUUACAUCAUUUCAACUUCUUCAUUACAUUCGCUUUUUUGUUUCUCUUCAUUCUUUUGUUCAUAUCUUUUUCUUUUCUCACUUUGUCUCUCAUUGUAUUUCUCUUUUUCUUCUAUGAUCUUCCUCCUUAUUUUUCACUUUUUCUUCUUCUCACUUUCCUUCUCUCUUUAAAUUCAAUUGUAUUUCUUCCUUUUUUCUUUCACUCUUUCAUUUUUUUCUUUCAUUCUUUAUAUUCCUUCCUUCCGUCGCAGAUCAACCACAACGGUUUAUUUAAUGCCGAACAAUUUUUAUUGCUGGUAAUAUUUUCUAUCUAUCUAUCUAUCUAUCUAUCUAUCUAUCUAUCUAUCUAUCUAUCUCGGUAUGUGUUGAUUUUUAUUGCUGGUAAUAUUUUUUAUCUAUCUAUCUAUCUAUCUAUCUAUCUAUCUAUCUAUCUAUCUAUCUAUCUCAGUAUAUAUUAG